CCAAUAAUUAUAUAUCCCUUUCGUUCGAUACGCUCCAUGUUUCGCCAUUUUAGAUGAGAAAAAAAUCUUACCCUCUCAAUCCUUUGCAACUAAAUCGAGAGCAUAAAUGGUUUAUGGUAUCAUCAAUUCUUCGUCAAUUCUAUUGCCUAAGCCAGCAACAAGCUUUGCUAUCAGAUCAGAGCAAUCCACUACUGCCACUGAUGUAUCCAUGAACCCUACAAAUUGUAGGCCCUCGCCUUCGAGACGCCGCGAAUUCGUAUUCAUCGUUAACCCUAAAGGCGCCAAUGGCCGCGCAGGCAAACAGUGGAAGAAAAUAUUGCCAUAUCUCAAGUCUCACUUGGGAGAAGAAUACAUUAUACGUGAGUCUUUAACUUCUGGCCCCUCUUAUGCUAUUGACAUUACGAGGGAGGCCAUAAAACAGGGAGCUGAUGCUGUGAUAGCAGUUGGAGGUGACGGAACUCUUCAUGAGGUUGUGAAUGGCUUCUUCUGGGCAGGAAAUCCUGUACUCGCUCAUAAUCAAGGUGGCACACAUGCAACAACUGCACUUGGUCUUAUUCCGCUAGGAACAGGAUCUGAUUUUGCCAGAUCAUUUGGCUGGAAAAAUGAUCCAUAUGAAGCAAUCAAUCGGAUCGUUAAAGGACAGAAGAGCAGGAUUGAUGUUGGUGUUAUCACAGAUAAGAGCAAUGGAGCUCAUUAUUUUAUAAAUGUUGCUGAUAUACACCUGAGUGCGAAGGCAGGAUAUUAUGCUUCCAUGUAUAAAAGAUUUGGAAACUUGUGUUAUGUUAUAGGUGCUUUGAGAGCCUUUAUGGGGCACAGUAAUCAGGAUCUUAAGAUCAAGAUCAAUGAUGGUGACUGGGAAAUAUUUCCUCAAGUGACAGCUCUCUGCAUUGGAAAUGCCAAAUUCUUUGGUGGUGGUAUGAUGAUCACCCCAACAGCUGACCCUCACAGUGGAAGUCUUGAGGCUGUGAUCCUGCAAAAUUUCAAAUGGUAUGACUUCAUUCUUAAGCUGCACAAAUUGUAUAGAGGGACACAUCUAUCAGAGAAAAAUAUAUGUUUAAGAAGUGUUCGAUCAAUUGAGGUGGAGGAAGUUGUGCAGAGUGGUGGAAUCUAUAUUCAGUCUGAUGGAGAGCAUUUAGGGUGUCUUCCAAGGAAAUUCCGUAUAUUGCCUGCUGCAAUUGAGAUGUUUGUUUAAUUAAGGUGUUUCUUUUGGUUAUUUUGGUUCUUCCACCUACUUGUUUCAGUUUUUAUUGUGACCCUUUCCUAGGUAAUCAAUUUUUCCAUUGACCUCAACAUAGAAGCGGAUCACAAAUUUUAAGAUAUUUGGGACCUCAUUGCUCUUGGAUUGUUAGGUAUUGGAUGUUAAAGGGAAAGAAAUUUGGAUUGUGUAGAACUCAAUGACAGAAGAAAUUGAAACCAGGCAGGAACAGGGCCAAGGCACAAGUGGUCAAGGUGGCGGGUUGCUGCAGCAUGAUGGCUUGGGUUUCAUCCUAUUGGGUACCAAGUUAACACAACAGGAAAAGAAAAAGGCUCCUCUUCCUUCAUUUAUGGUCAUUUAUUCCCUUUCACUUUCAAUUUUGGAAAAUGUUUCCUAGAGAAUUCGCUUACAGAUAUUGUUGUAAGAGAAUUCUAUGGUGGUUGGAUCCUUGUCCAUCGUGAUAUGUGGAUAAAUAUGUUGAUGGUAAUCAUUGGAGUGCCUUCGUAUCUAAAAAGUUGGAUUGAA